UUGAUUGAAAUGAAAUGUUUCACUUUUUUAUGUUGGUUUUGUGAUGCUCUGUCACUCUCUUUUGUAUGAUCUGUGGUUGACUGCCUUCCAUUUUCUUUUCUUAACCUAGUUGCCCGUUGAAGCAGCAUAAAAAUGACAAACUCAAAAGGCUACCGGCGUGGUACAAGGGAUCUGUUCUCACGCAGAUUCCGCACCCGAGGAGUCAUCCCUCUGUCUACUUAUAUGAAAGUGUAUAAAGUGGGAGACAUAGUAGACAUAAAGGGUAAUGGUGCUGUGCAGAAAGGUAUGCCUUAUAAAGCCUACCAUGGUAAAACUGGACGUGUUUAUAAUGUAACCCCUCAUGCGCUUGGUGUAAUAGUAAACAAACGUGUCCGUGGUAAAAUUAUUCCAAAGAGAAUAAAUAUUCGUAUUGAACACGUAAAGCAUUCAAAAUGCAGAGAAGAUUUUUUGAAACGUGUGAAGGAAAAUGAACGUCUUCGACAUGAAGCCAAGGAAAAGAAAGUUCAUGUUACAUUGAAGAGACAACCUGCUCAACCUCGGCCAGCAAAUAUUGUCAAAGGAACUGAUGAGCCAAUACGUUUGGCACCAAUUCCUUACGAAUUUAUUGCAUAAAUUUGUAAACUUUAAAUAAAUAAUUAAAAUUUGUA